CAAAGUGAUUCGAAGUAGAACUAGCGAAGAGGUUGGUAGCAUCAAGGAUGAAGCAUGAGCAUGAAUUGGAAUAUGAGGGAAGGUAGUGAAUCCGAAUGUUCAUUUCUAUUUUUAGCUCUUUUUUGCAUGGGUUCAUCCUUCCCGUGUGUUCACUAUCCCCGAAAAGACCAGCGAAAACCAGCGUGGUCGGGAGCUUGGGCAGAGACUCCAAUGUAAUUACAACUUGACCUGCUGACCCACAAACUGGUAACCUUAACCUUCACAACAAACACACAACACACAGCAAAAGUUUUAACCAUCAGAUAUAGAUAACAUGUGUAACAGACACGUCGCCCUUUUGCGUUACCUUGUUUGAUGCUGCUAAUCAACCUAUUUUUAUGGGACACAAUAUAUCUACAUCACGAAUGGUCAUGACGAGUCUUUGAAGACUAAACAGCUUUAAAAGGAGUUUGCCAGAUUUUUUUUAAAUAAGUGAAGCAAGAUAAUCGGUUAUCUUGUCUGAGUAACCAUAAUACUAGUAUUGAAAUUGUAUCAGUUAAUAUCAGGUAUGCAUCGUCCUUCGGUGGUGCUCUUUUAUGGUAUGUUUAUCACAAGCAUUAGGUUUAAGAAGUCAGUUGAAUAAUCAGAUAAGCAGUCUGCUUACCAUUACACCAGAUAACAGUGAUAUUAUUUCUGUAUCACAUCAGAAUAUUACAGUAGCUCUUUUGACAUCCACCAUACAGUUGUUCUAUGAUUCAGUAAAGUGUACUGCCAGUGCCCGUAUCAUUGCAGCGUUUAGGUAGCAAUACACAUGGAAAAUAAAAGAUUUUGGAAUAGCCAGAUUUGGACAGUGUUUACACUGUUUCUAGCCGAAUUUUUCGGUACUGCGAUGUUGCUUUUUGGUGGUUGCAUGGCUGGCAUAGACGGCUUUGAUAACGUCACGUCAAACAUAAGUCGUGGAAUUACCUUUGGAAUGGUUGUUAUGAUGGCGUUUAUAACAUUUAGCGCCACUUCAGGUGCAAUUAUUAAUCCGGUUGUGUCACUAGCAGCUUACAUCUAUGGUACAUUAUCUUUACAGUUAACGCUUUUAUAUAUUGUGGCUCAAUUCGCCGGGGCACUAUGUGGUUACGGACUAUUAAGAGCAGUCACACCGUGGCAAUAUUACCAACAAGCGCUGGAGCACGGAAACGCCCACUGCGUUACAGUCCCUCAUCAAAGCCUAUCUUCUGGAAUGGCCCUUGCAGUGGAGAUAUUACUAACGGGCAUGUUAGUGUGGACGAAUUGUGGCGUCUGGGAUCCGCGCAAUAAGAAGGACAGUGAUUCAGUUCCAGUUAAAUUUGCAUUUCUCAUUGCGGGGCUUUCAAUUGCCGGCGGGCCUAUUACCGGUGCCAGUAUGAAUCCCGCUCGGUCCCUGGCACCUGCAAUAUGGAAUCAUUACUACGAGGGACUUUGGAUUUAUUUUGCUGGACCUACGAUUGGUUCCAUAUUAAUGGUUACAAUGUAUCGGUAUAUUUUUCUUCAAAAAUGUAGUGAUACUUCGGAAAUGAUGGCCCCAUGCAAUUGCCAUCAUGAUACGGGGAAACAAGAUCCUCAUUCUUCUAAAAUUAUACCAUAAAUUCGAUCGUUGCGAAUACCAUGUAGCCCCUAUUAAAGUGUCUGCUUUUGAAGAUAGCAUCAUUACGUCGGUGUAAGCUGUAAUAAAGGCAAGCCUCUUUCAGGGUAAACAAAAGAUUAAGUAAACAAACCUAGCAGCAUUCAAAACUGACACGAUGUGCUAUCAGUAUAGGUAAAUUAAGCAUCGAAAAUUACCCCCGUUUGUCAGCAAAUUCUUUGAUUGGCCUUGUUAUCGGUAAAGAUAAGCUGAAAUUGUUCAGUACACCUAGUCUAAGCAAUGUGAUAGUACGCCAGUUAGCAUUCUGUGGCUUUCCGACUCGGUUAUUCCAUUCGUGAUGUAUAUAACGUUUCCACUUUCAUAUCGAUUAACGCCAAAGUAUCCUUAUAAA